AUGAUAGCGUUCAACCUCCUCAAAGACGUCCUCAGCUCGGACACUUGUAUGGCCAAAUACCAUCCAGAAUACCCCACUAUCGUGUCGGCAGAUGCCAGCUCCUUUGGUCUUGGUUCCGUUUUGCUUCAGCAGCAACCAGAAGGUGAACUGAGAGCGGUGGCCUUUGCAUCUCGUUCCUUAACUCAAGCUGAACAAAGAUACAGUCAAACAGAAAAAGAAUAUCUAGCAAUCGUCUGGGCCAUCCAACGCUUCGACCACUAUCUACGAGGACUUUCUUUCUUGGUCGAAACAGAUCAUUUACCCCUGGUACCACUUCUUGGGUCUAAGGAUUUGGAAAUGCUCCCGCCUCGCAUUCAAAGAAUGCGCAUAAAGCUAAUGCGCUAUCAGUUUGACGUCAAGCAUGUUGCCGGCAAACUUCUCGCAAUGGCUGACACCUUAUCGCGGGCACCAUGCGAUUCUGCAGACAAGCCGGCUGCAGAUUCUAUCGAACCUUUUAUAAGCGAAGUGAUGAGCAGCGUUCACUUGCCCUCUGCAAUAACCGUCGAUGUUGUUCGUCAGCAUCAGCUACAAGACUCGGAAUGCUCGACGGUCAAUUCGUUCUGUAAAAAAGGAUGGCCUGACCGGCGAAAAGUGCCACUAGGUCUCUUACCGUAUUGGAGGGAGAGAGCACAUCUGAGCGUCUACAAUGGUUUGCUGAUCCACAACCAACAACUGGUGAUUCCGGUAUCACUUCGCAGAGACAUUCUGAGUCUCCUACACGAGGGUCAUCUCGGACUACGUCGAUGCAGAGAGAGGGCCCGAGAAUCUGUCUGGUGGCCUCAGUGUGUAAUGGAGCUCAAGCAUUUCAUCGCGGGUUGCCGAAAUUGUGCAGAGACUAAAAGUCAGCAUCGAGAGUUCCUACUUGUGACACCUACGCCAACUAGACCAUGGCAACGUCUUGGAGCCGACCUUUUUCACUUCAAGGGAAAAGAACAUCUUCUCUUGGUCGACUAUUAUUCCCGUUAUCCUGAGGUAAUCCGCCUUCCUCCUACAACGUCAGGCCAGGUUAUCACCGCCUUGAAAAGCUUCCUUGCCCGUUUCGGGAUCCCAGACGUUCGAAGGACUGAUAACGGACCUCAGUUUUGUUCAAGCGAGUUCGCAAGCUUUGCACGCUCCUAUGGUUUCCGCCACGAGACCAGCAGUCCGCGGUACCCUAGGAGUAGUGGAGAAGCUGAACGAAUGGUUCGAACAGUAAAGGACGUCAUGAAGAAAUCCAACGACGUCCUCUUAGCUUUGCUGUCCUACAGAAACUCUCCAGUACCAACAGGCCUAUCGCCAGCACAGUUGCUUAUGGGGCGUCGCUUUAAUACACGCCUCCCCGUUCUCCCGGACACUCUUGAUCCUGCCCAGCCAGAUCAUCGUGCGUUUAAAGCCAAAGACGCCUCGUUGAAGGUAAUGCAGACUACCUACUACAAUAGACGUCAUCGUGCAGCUCCCUUAACCUCUCUGACUUUUGGGGGAGAGGUAUGGGUAUCAGACUUGAAAUGCUGGGGACGUGUGCUCAGCCCAGCACAGCGGCCGAGAUCGUUUGUUGUUGAGGUACCGACCGGCACGGUGCAACGCAACCGCCAUCACCUUGUUCUAAAAGCGAUAAAACCCCGGUGCAGGGGACACAAAGAGACAACACAGACGAAGCACUGA